CUUCUGUUCUCUCUCUCUCUCUCUCUCUCUCUUUCUCUCUGUGUGUGUCUUUAACUCACACAGGGCCCUGUAACAAGAAGCUAAAGCUAAGCUGAUCUCCAUUUUUCAUGGCCACUCAACAUGAAAAUUAUGCACCAAAUGUUACUGUAGCAAAGAGGGUAUCCGUAUAUCCAAAAACCUUAAUGCACCCUCACAGAAUUCUCAACCUCUCCAACUUGGACAGGCAGUGUCCUUUGCUCAUGUACUUGGUUUUCUUUUAUAAGGCAUCUCAAGCUUAUAACAACUUGUCGCUCAACCCAGUUUUCAGUAGCUUGAAAUCUGGCUUGGAAGAGACCUUGUCAAUUUGGUACCCAGCAGCGGGUAGGUUGAACUUGAAUCCAAAUGAUGGAAAGCUCAAUCUUUGGUGCAACAACGAAGGUGCAUUUUUAAUUGAGGCGGUGACACAAGUAAAGAUCUCAGAGCUUGGAGACCUCUCGCAUUACAAUGAAUUCUUUGAAAAUCUGAUCUAUAAACCUUUUUUCAAUGGAAAUUUUUCUGUGAUGCCCUUGGUUGUUGCCCAGGUGACAAAAUUUGGCUGUGGAGGCUACUCGGUGGGCAUAGGCACAAGCCACUCGUUAUUUGAUGGACCAGCCACCUUCGAAUUUCUGCGCGCAUGGGCUUGUAAUUCUGCAAUUAUGAAAGAAAAGGGUAGCCAUGAACUUCAAAAGCCAGUCCAUGAGAGAGAUAUGGGUAACUGCCAUUCCCAAAAAUCCAACACAAUAAUGAGGGCUGCAGCUAUAUCUCAUCUAUAUCAGUUGAUUCAACAAACAAAAACAGCUGCUGAUCAUCAUUAUCACCAGAAUCUUGCUAAAGAUCAUGGGAGGUUGGGAGAUCGAAACCCUAAUUACCUUCUAAAGACUUUUCAUCUGAGUGGUGCAAUGGUAGAAAACCUCAAGAAGAAAGUAUUGGGCGAGAGGAGAAACAGCAGCGUCUCAUGUUCCUCCUUUGAGGUACUCACAGCUCAUCUAUGGAAGGCAAGAACCAAGGCUUUAGGAGUAACGAAGGAGAGAAUGGUGUGCCUGCAAUUUGCUGUGGACACAAGGAACAAGAUGAUGCCCUCACUGCCUAAAGGUUUCAGUGGCAAUGCUUAUGUUCUGGCAUCGGUGUUGACGAGAGCCGGAGAACUGGAAGAAGGAAGCCAUGAAGCGAUAAUAGAGAAGAUAAAACAAGCUAAGAACUCUGUCAACAGUGACUAUGUGAAUGCAUAUAUGGAGGCACUUGAUGGACCUCAAGCUAAUCUCCCUCCUCUGGAUGAGCUGACAUUAGUUUCUGACUGGACAAGAAUGCCUUUCCACAAGGUUGAUUUUCUACAAGGAGAUGCAGCUUAUGCAUCUCCUCUGGUUGCUCCAAUCCCUCAGGCUGCAUACUUUAUGCAGAAUCCAAUGGACUUCGGGGGCAUUGAUGUGAGGAUUAGCUUGACUCCACAGGCCCUGGAUUCUUUUUCCCACUACUUUCUCAUGAACCUUUUAUAAACAUCCUAUUUAUCUGUGUAGUAACUUGCCCUUUUCAUCAAGGACGUUUGGUGUAGUUGUUGGAGGCCAGAUGAUAGCUUUUUGACCUCUGUUUCAGCUUCCCACAGUAGCUGAUUCUAAAAACUUCAUUUUGUAGCUUUAAGGGGCAAGAUAAUGAUAUAUCAUACUCUGUUGUUCAGGAGCUAAUUUUUAGAUACAAAUACUUAAUGCUU